UUAUACUGGAGGAGUGUUUAGCAAAUUACCAAAAAAAAAGGUAUACAUACUGAAACAGAGACCUCAGCUACUUUCCUUAGCCCAGCGCCACCGGCCCACCACCGCACCACCGCCCACCCACCCACCCACCCACCCACAUCUGUCCCGCCGAUGUACCCGCAGCUCAUCACCGCGCACCCAAAAGCAAUGGUGGUGAAAUUCCCAUCUCUCCCAUUACUCCCCUCGAGAAAUCCUCCUGCAAUCUCGAACCCAAUUUUGCAGCGCCACCACUCCAUAAACCUCAAUCGUCAAAUUAAAUGCACAUCGGACAAUAACGACGGCGUUGGGAGCAAUAAGAACUGGGAAAAAUGGAUGCCCAGAAAUCUUUUCGCCGCCGAGAAAGUAUUCGGAGCAAUCUCCGGUGCAACAUCCAGCCCAAUCGCUCAGUACAUUUCUUCCCCCACCACUUUCCUGCACCGUGUCGAUCCCAGAAUCAAGAUGGCAUGGCUGCUAGCAUUGGUAAUAAUACCAGCAAAAUCGGAUACGGCGAUGCGUUUGGGAGUUGUGAUGUAUCUAGCCUUAUUGUCCGUCUGGGUUCAGCCUACCGACGUUUGGAAGGAUCAAUUGGGAAGAGUGAGUUUGCUGUGUGGUAUCUUGUUCGUUUUAUUGGGGUUGAGUACCGAUAGUGCCCCUUCCCUUUUAUCUUCUAGAAGCCCGCCAUCUUCCGUGACCUUAUUACCGAAUCUACCCUCGUCGUACGAAGGUUAUAAGUAUGUAAUAAUGAAGUUUGGUCCGUUACAACUCACCAGAAAAGGCUUAUCCGCCGCCACUACGGCAGCUUGUUUAACUUUCACCAUUUUCCAAAGUGCGAGUCUUUGCCUAACAACCACAACGCCAGAGCAGCUUGCGUUUGCUCUGCAAUGGUAUAUUCUUCCUUUGGCGAAAUUCGGUGUGCCCGUUUCUGAAGUCAUCCUCACUCUUUUACUGUCGUUGAGAUUUAUCGGUCUCGUGUUUGAUGAGGUCCGAAAUGUGGCACUUGGAAUUGUGUCUCGUAGAAUAGAAUGGCAGCAGUUGACCACACUCGAGACAAUUGACGUUUUCUUCACAUACAUUCGUCGGAUCUUCAAAAAUAUCUAUACCCAUGCCGCACAAAUUACGCAGGCAAUGAUUGUUAGAGGAUUUCGAGGCGACUGUGAUUCUCACCGAGUAUUAUUAUCAGCAGGCUCGUCUACGAUAAUUGCAAAUAUCGUUUCUUCGUCUUGCCUUGUCGGCCUCAUAUUUGCUGCCACUUUGCCAAGAUACAUCUACUUUUGACCACAUUAUUCUAGCUACAAAGUAAAUAACUCAUUAAAUUGUUGUAUUCGAUUAUUAAGAGUAAUACUAUUCAAUAUUUCAAUUCA